GGGCCGCGGACCCGGGCCAUGGCGGGCGGCGGUGCGGGGCGGGCGCUGCUCCCGGCGCUGCUGCUCCUGGCGGUGGGAGCGCUGGGCAAGCCCACGGCGCGGCAGGAGCGGGCGCGGCCCGGAGCGCAGCACGAGGACCGGCCCGGCUUCCAGUACGACCACGAGGCCUUCCUGGGCAAGGAGGAGGCGCGGAGCUUCGACCAGCUGAGCCCGGAGGAAAGCCGGGAGCGCCUGGGGAAGAUUGUGGAUAGAAUAGAUGACAACAAAGAUGGCUAUCUCACAACAGAGGAAUUAAAAACCUGGAUUAAGCGGGUACAGAAACGCUAUAUCUAUGAAAACGUGGCUAAAGUUUGGAAAGACUAUGAUCUAAACAAGGACAAUAAAAUUGCCUGGGAAGAAUACAAACAAGCCACAUAUGGUUAUUAUCUAGAAAAUCCAGAAGAAUUCCAAGAUGCGACUGAUCAGCACAGUUUUAAGAAAAUGCUGCCCAGAGAUGAAAGACGAUUCAAAACUGCAGAUCUGGAUGGAGACUUGGCUGCCACUCGUGAAGAAUUCACUGCUUUCCUUCACCCAGAGGAGUUUGAGCACAUGAAAAACAUUGUUGUCCUAGAAACCUUAGAAGACAUAGACAAAAAUGGGGAUGGUUUCGUGGAUCAAGAUGAGUACAUUGCUGAUAUGUUUGCAAAUGAAGAGGGUGGACCAGAGCCUGACUGGGUGAUUACAGAGCGUGAACAGUUUGCAGAUUUUCGUGACCUCAACAAGGAUGGAAAGAUGGACAAAGAUGAGAUUCAGCACUGGAUUCUCCCCCAAGACUAUGAUCAUGCCCUGGCUGAAGCCAGGCACUUAGUCUAUGAGUCUGAUGCAGACAAGGAUCAAAAACUAACAAAAGAGGAAGUUCUUGACAACUGGAAUAUGUUCGUUGGAAGUCAAGCUACUAAUUAUGGGGAGGACCUCACAAGAAACCACGAUGAACUAUGAUACAAAUACCAACCAGUAUGCUACACACCUUUUCUCCACUUUACUGAAAUCACUGUGUCCAUCCCUUCUUUCGGGGGGAGAUGGGCAAGGGACACUCACAACUGAAGAACUUGCAUUAAUAUAUUUUUAACAUGCCAGCUUAUUACCUCAGAAACUGCUUAGAAAUAGCUUUUUACUCUUUUCACAUGGUUAUAUACAAUAUAUAGUUACUACAGGUUUUAUUUUUGAAAAAAAAGGUAACUUUUCUGAGUAGAUUAGAGCCUGACAUGGAAAAAGCACUUCUAAAAAACAUAAUUGCAAGGAUGUUUAAUAGUGAAAUAUUUUCUUCAAAUACCCUCUUUUACCAUAGUGAAAUGCAGCUAGGGUUAGAAAGAAACCUAAUGUUUAAACAGACUAAGCUGUUUAGUUGUCUUUUUUUUAAUAGCAUAUAACAAUUUAAAGUUAAGACUUUGAGCCAGAGAAAAGGUUUGACACAACCUUUGUCUCCACAGAGUUUUUGUCUCCCACUUUGGGUCAGAGGUGCUGCAGAAGUUAUCCAGCAGCCCUCUGGUUCAGAGCUUUCCAAGUUCAACACGUGCAGCUGGCCCUUCUCUCUGACCCCCAUCACAGAGCAGAGGGGAUGUGGAGUUCAGAGGGGCAGCUGCUCGUUCCGGUGGCGGGGGAACACACAACUGUUUGGGGGCUGCUGGUUGGGCUGUUUCCUGGCAGGAAUUGUGCCACGCGGAGCAUCAUUUACCUCGCGCUUUUCGCACUUUACCCGAGCCGUGCUCUUGUUCGUGCAGUGUGAAUGGCAGCAGCUCUGUGAUGGAGAAAGAAUGAGACAUAUCACCCCUCUGGGCCUUCUGCCUCCUCUGCCACGUUAGAGGACAGAUUUGUGUGGCUAAAGUUCUGGUUUUGUAUGUAUAUACGUUUAAGUACAUGUUAGUGAAGCAACUCUACAAAGACAGCUCUCCUUCCCAAAAAGGGGGUAAGCUUUGCACACAGGUGCUUUCUUUUUUACUGUAUAAUGUGAGUUGUUACAUGUAUAUUUUUAUAUACCCAAGUUAGAUAAGUUUGGUUGGUUUUAAAUGUACCGGUUUUAAAAUAAGCACAAUAAAACCAAUACUUCUUUUUGA